AUGAGCCCACGACCAUCUCUCAUGCCGCCUACCGAAGGCUCCUUCCUCUCAUCGGGCGCCUUUACCCCAUCCGGCCUCACGCCCAACACACGUUCCGAAGCUGAAGCUGCCUUCACUUCCAACAGCGUCUCGCAGACCGACUCAGCAGCUCCUGAUCCACGUCUACUGCCGUUGAUGGGCGCUGGUGGAGGAAACGAGACAGCCACAGAGAAUGGACCAACUGAAGCUGUUAGGGCUUACACUGGCUAUCGCCGGCCUGGUAUGGCUCGAGCAAGCUCGGCCAACUACGAGAACGCACUGAAGCGAGCGCAACAAGCAUCCGUCUCGUCAGAGUUCUCUGCUGACUCUGAAACACCCGAGAACGUCACUGCUGGCCAGACAGUCGCAUCGCUUUCAGGCACAACCCCCUUCCCACCCCCCGGCCAGGGAGUAGUGCCGCUUAACUACGGAUCAACACCCGUCGGUGCCCCGCAGGGGGAUUCGAUCAAGAAAACUAGGUCACGAGGCCUGAGCCUGAGCGGUCUCGCUCAACAACAGGGCUGGAGUGAGCAGGACUACAAGCGUGUAUACAGCGCAGAGUUGUUGGCAGAGGACCCCAAGAACGAUGCUGGUUAUGGCACAGGCCCGAAAUAA